GUUCUGUAGAGCAAAACGAGCGAACACCCCACGGCCAACCUGAACUGUCAGCUGUAGCAGAAGUCCUGUGUACCAACCAGCUCGACAGAGACACCCGGAAGGCACGAAAGUCAAUUUGAGAGAUCAGCAUGAAUCGCUUUAAGACCUCCAAAUUCAAAAACACCACUCCAAAAAUCGCCAAGAAAGAUGGAUGGAUUAACAACGUCCGAGCUGGCUCCUUCUCCUGCCAGGGGAACCACAUCAAAGCAAGCUCUAACUUUGUGGCCUUUAACACCGAGCAGGCCGGUGGAGGUAUGCUGGGCCUGACCUCUGUCAAACCUGGUUCAGAUGGCCAAUGGACGGUCACACAGAUUUCCUGCCAUUCAGAUCUGGUGACUGAUAUGGACUUUUCCCCUUUUGAUGGAAGUCUCCUGGCAACAUGCUCUGGAGAUGAAACGGUGAAGCUGUGGAGUUUGUGUGACCCUGAGCUGCAGCAGCCCAGCAGUCCGGAGCUGACUCUGUGUCCCGGUCAGGGCAGGCUUGAGCUGGUGCUUUUCCACCCCACCUCCUCCGGCCUGUUGGCUGUGGGCGCCAGCAAGUCCCCAAUGAUUUGGGACACCAACCGCCAGGAUACACCACUAGCAGUUCUGGAGCAGCACGGGGACCAGCUGCAGAGUCUGAGCUGGAAACGGGACGGCUCCCUGCUGGCUUCCUCCUGCAAGGACAAGAUGUUGCGAGUGUUUGACCCCCGAGCCCAGACUACACCUGUCCAGAGUGCCAAGAGCCUUCAGAACAGCAAGGACUCCCGCAUCCUGUGGGCCAAAGACGACUUUUUGCUCACCACAGGCUUCGAUAUGAUGCGUAGUCGGGAGGCGAGGCUUUGGGACAGCAGGAACCUGAGCUCUUCAGUCAGCUCGGUGUCGCUCGGCACUGCCAGUGGGAAUGUGAUCCCUCUGUACGACGACGACACUGGUCUGCUUGUCCUGGCUGGCACGGGAGACACUGCGAUGGAUUGCUUUGAAGUCACUGCCUCUGAGCCUUUCCUCUCGCAAGUGAGCCACUGUCUGACGGACAUGUCAACACGAGGAGUUGCCAUGGUACCAAAGCUGGCGUUGGAUGUCUUCUCCUGCGAAGUGAUGCAAGUGCUCCAGCUAACAGACAGCUGCAUCGUGCCAAUCAGCUAUCAAGUCCCUCGCAAGCACACAGGUCAGGAGUUUCAUGACGAUCUUUACCCAGAUACAGUCGGCACAACUCCAGCCAUGUCUGCUGAGGAGUGGUGGAAGGGAGGGAACAAGCAGAUGGAGAAAGUUAGCCUCAACCCAGACAAACAGCCCAAACAAAAAGCUCCACCCGCAAAACAGGUGUCGGCAAAGAAGGAGCUGGUCAGUGGGGGGAGCAAGGAGGACCCGGCACGGGGCUGCUCCACCUCCAGUAGUCCACUGAGCACUCCCAGCAGCAGUGCUGCCCCAUCCCGCUCUCCCUCCUCCGGCCUCUCCUCAGGCUUCCUCCCCAGCCCCAGUCCCAGCCAGAGCACCAAGGCUAUCCAGAGCAUGAUAGGGCCGAGCUCCAAAUUCCGUCACAUCCAGGGUACCAUGAUGCACCGGAACACGCACAUCACCAACCUGCGUGGCCUCAACCUGACCACACCCGGGGAGUCUGACGGCUUCUGUGUCAACAGCCAACGCGUGGCAGUGCCCCUCGCCAUCUCCGGGGGCCAGAUCGGCAUUUUUGAGCGCUCUCAGCCUGGCAGGAUUCCUGACACAGCCCUGCCAACCAUCCAAAACUCUGUCAAUGUGGUCGACCUCUCCUGGGACCCCUUCAACACACAUCGGCUUGCCGUGGCGUGUGAUGAUGCAAAGAUCCGGGUGUGGCAGGUACCUAAAGGGGGUCUGAAAGAGACCCUGACCGAGCCAGAGGUCAUCGUACAAGGCCACACGGAGAAGAUUUACUCCAUCAAGUUCCACCCUCUGGCCAGCGGACUCCUGGCGUCUUCAUCCUACGAUCUCACAGUCAGACUGUGGAACCUGGAGAGCGGAGAACAGGUCAAACUCCUCACCGGACACCAAGACCAGAUCUUUGCGAUGGCGUGGAGCCCAGAUGGAAAGCUCCUGGCCACAGUGUGCAAAGAUGGGAAAGUUCGCAUCUAUGACCCUCGCAAGUCCACUGCACCUGUGCAGGAGGGUCCGGGUCCUGAGGGCCACAGGGGAGCUCGUGCAGUCUGGGUGUGUGAGGGCAAGUACCUCUUGGUGUCAGGAUUUGACAGUCGCAGUGAGCGAGUCCUCAGCCUGUACUCUGCUGACUCCCUGUCCUCUGGAGCUAUAGCCAGCACCUCUAUAUCCGUCUCCCCCUCUACACUCAUCCCAUUCUACGACCCCGACACCAGCGUGGUCAUCCUCACUGCAAAAGGUGAUACCAGGGUGCACAUUUAUGAGAUUGUUCCUGAAGAGCCGUACUUUAUGGAGUGCAGCAGUUUUAACUCUCCGGAGCCACACAAGGGUUUGGCUUUUCUGCCAAAGACGGAGUGUAAUGUGCGUGAUGUUGAGAUCGCUGUAGGACUGCUGCUCAACAAGACCGCCAUAGAGCCGGUGGCCUUCAGAGUGCCCCGCGUCAAGAAAGAGUUUUUCCAGGACGAUUUGUACACAGAGACAGCCGUCUGUUGGGAAUCAGCACUGACCGCCUCUGCCUGGCUGUCUGGAUCCAACGGCCAACACAAGAAGAUCAGCCUAAAGCCUAAAGACAUGAAGCCAGUGAGUGAGGCACCCAAAGAAGUUCCAGUUAAGAAAUACAUGCCCUCAUCUUACUACCUGGAGGAGAAGACAGAUGAACAGAAGAAAGAUGAGCUGCUCAGUGCCAUGGUGGCUAAGUUGGGGAACAGAGACGACCCGCUGCCACAGGAUAACUUCCAGGGGGUCGAAGACGAAGAGUGGGAUGACUAGAAGAGACGCCAUCUUGCUUCGGUUCAAUCAGAGGCCAACAGCGGAGAGGAGAGAAAAGAUCGACUAUCGACUUAAGUUGCUAUUUGUGUGUUUGUGAUGAUGCCACCCACUUCCUCUGAGCUUAAUCAGCUGACACCUCAGCAUAUUGCACGCACAAAUAAUACUGUACAAUGUGAAAGUAUAAACAAUAUAGGGGGAAAAAAAUCACAGUAAUAAUACACGUCUCAUUUUAUUGUGUGUAACAGUAUCUCUUAAAGUUUGGGAAAUCAAAUGUCACAUUGUCUAGUUCGGUGUUCAUCCAAUCAAAAUGCAUGACAUUUGAUAUGAAUAUAAUUUUCAACUGUAAUUCUUAAAUAAGUCAUUCUGGGAUAAAACAUUUUUUUGAUAAUGUUCAUGUCACACUACUUUCCACAGAAAUCCCACCUAACAGCAUAAUGCAAUAGUAACCAUGAGAAAAUAGUCCAUUAAAUCAUAUCUUGACGUCUCAAACAUAUUUUAGUUCUAAGUCAGCACAAAGAUAAUUAAAUGGAUGGCAUUCAUAGCAAUAAUACUUCUGCUUUAUGUUACCUGGAAACUCAUACUGGGUGUACUGGACCAAACAUAACUUUUUGUUGUAGUAUGUAGUGUUUGCCAUGGUUUAAGCAUGAAAAUACACUCAGUCAGUUGUGAUAUUUGUGAUCCAGAUACCAGGUUGUGUACCGUUGCAUACAGGGUUGCUAACUGCACAUUUACCUCCGCUGUGAACCACUGCUUGCUUUUUUACUGGCCAGUCAUAUGAGAAUGAUCACAAUGUGUCCUUGAAAGAUGUAUUGUUGUUUAUGAUAUCUAAGAAUAAGUGAAUCAUCAGCCAUCUCAUUAAAGACAACCCUUGUCUUCCUGUUCGAUCAGGUAAACACACACAUGGUCACUGUAACAUGUUCGAGCCUUCAGCAGCAAAAACACACUGAGGAUACGACAGGGUCACCAGUGUUCAUGUUUGGCCGUGAACUGGAAUUUCUUACGACAAUAAUAUUGAAAUCACCUUUUCUUUCUGUCAGACAAUAUUAGAAUAAAGUGCCAUUUUAACAACAAGGUGUUUAGGUUCUUGUACAAGUUGAAUGUUUUGCCAUCUGGUAGUCUUAUGAUAGUCUUAUAAGUAAGGGUUAAAGGUCAAAUAAACUGGGAGUUGUUAUGCAUGUAAGCCAAACCUCCUCUUUGGAGUUUUUUAAAGGGGCCUUUGUAUAUUCACAGAUGAUUACGUUCUUUCUCUUUUUUUGCUUGAAAUCAUGAUCUUUGUUUGUUUUCUGACUGUUCGGGGACAUUCCUCAUUUAAAUUAGCUAAUUCUCAUAUCUAAUGUUUAUUCGUAGUAAGGAAUCAUGGUGGUGAUUAGACAUAAUAAUUCAGUAUUAAUAACUUACAAUGCAGCCAUAACCAAUAUCAUGUAUUUUCCAAUCAGGGCUACAGCAAUAUCUUCAAAAACAACCAGGCUUGAACACACCAUUUUAUAACCUCUAAUGGACUGGAAGAAAACAAUUGUUUCUGCCAUGCAUGGUCGUGCACAUCAUGUAGUACAGGUGAUCUGCAGGUGAUAUUGCCAUUUGUAUGAUGUACACUGAAAGUGCUUGUGAUUCUCGAAUGCCAUAAUUUUAAUGUUUGUAUUGGAUUAACUUGCCUUCCAUUGUGUUAAAAAAACAAAACAAAAAAACUUCCUUUUUAUACAGUGGGUAAAGCAUUGUGGGUUUUCUGUCUUUUCAAUAUUGUCUCACAAUAAACAUUUUGAACCCACUAA